UAACUCCUACAUAUUCCUACAUAAGCACACAUAUUCCCCCCCACAUCCCUCUUCCUUAUAUACCAAAAUCCUUGCAUAACCUGGAAGAACAAUGGGGAAUUGCCAGGCGGCGGAGGCGGCGACGGUGGUGAUCCAACACCCGGGAGGCAAGACGGAGAGGGUGUACUGGUCGGUCGCCGCGAGCCAAGUAAUGGCCGCGAACCCGGGCCACUAUGUGGCCCUUAUCAUCACCACCCUCCCCUCCUCCUCCUCCUCCUCUUCCUCCUUCACCGCCUUGCCUUCGAGUAUUCGCAGCAGUAGCCGCAGUAGUACUACCGCGGUGAAGCACCUCAAGUUGCUCCGCCCCGCCGAUACCCUUCGCAUUGGCCACACCUACCGUCUCGUCAGCUUCGAAGAGGUUUUGAGAGAGUUUGCAUCGACAAAGCGGCAGGUUAAGCUAAGCCGGCUGCUAGUCAAGCACAAAGAGAAGCCUGCUUCUCGAAGAAGCAGCAGCAGUAGUGACGGCAGCGGCGGCGGCGGCGGCAGCAACAGCAGAGGUUGCAAAAUUCGUAGCAGCAGUACUGACGACAGUGGCAACGACACCAGCAGCAACAGCAGAUGCAGUAAAGAUUGCAGCGGCGGCGGUUAUCGUGAUGAGCAGCAUAGCAGAUCUCAAGUGAACGAGCCGGAGAGCUCUCCGGCCACGUGUAGGAUCAAGCAGCAGAGUCGUCGACACAGCCGUCGACGGAGAAGGAGGCGGAGACCGAUCAAGAGUUGGAGCUGGUGGUGCGAGCGAUGAUGGGCGGCGGCGGCAUGACGACGGUGUUGCGCCGCGGUCAUUGGAGGCCGACUUUGCAGAGCAUUGCUGAAGGAGUUGGAAAUUAAGCCGACCAUACCAUCUUUUCCUCUCUCAGGAGUUUCGCUUAAGUUUAGGGCGCACUAAUAAACUUUGUCACGGAUGCUCAAUUUUAUAAAUUAUUAUUGGCAUUCGUGACUCUAGUAGUGUGUCCUUUAUCUUAGCUAAUUUAUGGCUGUGAGAGAAUUUUAAAAAUGUAUGUUUAGAUAUGGUUUGCUAGCAAAAUGCUGUUAUUUUUCAGAGACAAAAAUUACCAUUGUAUUAUCUUCAUUUGUUAUCAAAAGUAAAGCAAUAAUUGAUGGAGAUUUCAUUAAUAAAACAAA